AUGACGCCGUUCGUGUGGGCCUUGGCAGUGCUGGCGGUCAUCCCGCCUGCGCCAUGGGUUCGGGCAGAGCCUACCACCGUGCAAGACCCGAAUCACUCUCCGGGGGACGUCACCGACGGAGGUGUGGACUUUGAUUCCAUGACUGAGAGGCAAGCAGGGAGCAGAAGACUGCUGCAGCAAGGAUGCCCAUUGAUAAUCUAUGGAACCAACGCACCAUGUGGCAGGUAUCCAUUCAUGGCAUCUAUUCAGAGUCGGAAUGACAUGCACCGGUGUGGAGGUGUGUUGAUAGACCCUGAAUGGGUGUUGACAGCUGCGCAUUGUGUGGACUCAAUGGAAAUCCCCAAAAUUGUCGUUGGGGCAUGUAUUCUUGGUGAAAAUGGAGAUGAUGGAGUGGAGGUAUAUCUUAAGCCAGCAGAUAUGGGCAUCAAACAACAUCCCAUGUGGACAGGCACUGUGGAUGACGGGAAUGACCUGGCCCUCAUAAAGCUUCCUAGACGAUCAAAGAUCAAACCUGUCCAAAUUUUAAAUGACAACGGGUUUGGCGAGGGCACGCUGUUCGUGGCGACAGGCUGGGGGGACCAAGGAACGUGCUCACAAAGCAACCGCCUACAACAAGCUGUCCAAAUACAGGUUGUACCCCAACAAAGCUGUCGUGAAGCCUGGGCUCCUAAUGUUGUCAUCCAGGACACCAUGGUGUGCACUAUGGGCAACCAGAGCCUCUGCAUUGGCGACAGCGGGGGCCCCUUGCUGUUGGCUGAUGAUCCUGGAGGAAAUGUGGAUGCCGGGAUGGCCACUAAUGAUCUUCUGGUCGGCAUUGUUUCAUUUGCCAAUACGUCAUUGUGUGUGGCAAACAAUCCAGGAGUGCACACGAAAGUGGCUAGCUUCCGUGAGUGGAUCAACUCCAUGAUAGCGAAGGUAUGUGUCGUGUGCAGCUCUUGCGGCGUGCCACAAGCCUCAUGGGACCAUUUGGGAUACCACCCUUUCAAGAUCAGUGCACAUUGUGAUGCAAUUGCCCAGUGA